GCAACUCAGAAAAUUCUUGGAUACACUCAACGGCGACGCGCGGACUGGAUUAGUGCAAUUACCCUGCAACUGUCUGCCCAGACGAGUCGAGCCAAGUCCCGCACCGAUGCUUCCUUCCGCCAACCCCGAAGGGUGAAGGCAAAGCCGGCUAGGGAUUAUCGGCAGAAGUAUUGGUCCGAAAUAUCAAAUUUUAUGAAGCAGGCCUCAAGUGUUGGCGACAGUCGAAUACUGUACCAAAUUAUUCGUCAAGUUAGUGGUAAGUCCUCGACACUCUAUGAUUCUGCUCGCGAUGUGAAUGGCGACUUUAUUCUUGACAACUCGGCCAAAGUCGAUUGCUGGCGUGAACAUAUCAAACACCUCCUCAACCCGGAGUUUCAGUCCUCUCUAGCCUGCGCAGUGUCGUGUGACUUCGUUUCCGAAUGCGGAGUUGCCGAUGCAAUGCAGAAGCUGCGCAACAAAAAGGCAUCCGGAGGGGACGGUAAGCCCGCUGAAAUCUGCAAGUCUUGUGUUGACAGUCUGGUUCCUUGGCUUCAUGAGGUGAUUGGACAAGCGUGGAGGGACGGGAAGGCGGAGAGAGCAAGUUAG